AGUUACUACAUCCUCACUUCUUCUAGACCAGGAGGCUUCAUACAGCUUAUUCUGUACCAUCAGCAACAUGUCUUGCAAAAAGAGCUGUGGAUCUUCAAGAGUAUCUGUAGGGUGUGGUGGAUAUGGGACCUCUGUUUGCUCUUUCCUUGGGAGCUCCGGAGGAGCGUGUAAUACUGGUGCUUAUUGUGGUAGCAUGAGUGGAGGUGCUGUUGGUGGCUUGGGUGGCGAGUUCGGCAACUUUGCUUUUGGUGUAGGCACUGGUGCACCAUAUGGCUUUGGUCUUGGUGCAGAGGGCCUCCUGGCUGGUGGGGAGAAGGAAACCAUGCAGAAUCUAAAUGAUCGUCUGGCUGCAUACCUCAACAAAGUGCAUGCUUUGGAGAAUGCCAACUCCGACCUUGAGUGCAAAAUUAGAGAUUGGUAUGAGAAGCACCGGAAUAUGUGUAUGCCUGACAGAGAUUACAGCAAAUAUUACCACAUUAUUGAUGAUCUCAAAAAGCAGAUUCAGUGUGCCAGUGUAGAUAAUGCCCGGGUCAUCCUCCAGAUUGAUAAUGCACGCCUUGCUGCUGAUGACUUCAAGCUGAAGUACGAGAACGAGCUCUGCCUCCGCCAUGGCGUUGAAGCCGAUAUUAAUGGCCUCCGCAGAGUUUUAGAUGAAUUGAAUCUUGCCAAAUGUGACUUGGAGUCUCAGAUUGAAAGCUUAACAGAGGAAAUUGCUUGUCUCAAGAAAAACCAUGAGGAGGAGAUGAAGAGUUACCAGGGUGCCACAGGACACCUCAGUGUGGAAAUGAAGGCUGCACCAGGAACUGACCUUACCAAACUUCUAAACGAUAUGAGAGCAGAGUAUGAACAUAUGGCAGAGAAGAACCGUAAAGAGGCAGAGGCUCGAUUCAUUGAAGCGAGUAGAGCACUCAAACAAGAAAUAUCAUCUGGCGCAGAACAGAUUCAAUGCAGCAAAACUGAGAUCUCAGAUCUGAAGCGAACCCUCCAAGCAUUAGAGAUAGACCUGCAAGCUGCCCUGGCUAUGAAAAAAACACUGGAAUGCUCUUUGGCUGAAACCGAAGGGAACUACUGUGCUCAGCUCUCCAAAAUCCAGGCAAAGAUCAGCACCCUGGAACAACAGCUAUGUGAAGUAAGGACUGAUAUGGAAAGACAAAGCAUAGAGUAUGAGCAGCUCCUAGACAUCAAGACCAGACUGGAAAUGGAAAUAGAAACUUAUCGCCGUUUGCUCGAUGGAGAGCCAUGUAUUAAAUCCUAUCCUGCUGUCGCUCCAAAAGAACCAUGUAAAACCAGGGUAAUUAAAACCAUAGUUGAAAACCUCGUCGACGGAAAGGUUGUAUCUCAUCAAGUCACAGAAAGAAAGGAGUAAUUCACCAAUACAUGCAACACGGAUCUGACCUUCAAAAUCUGGCCUUAACUUUCUGAAGCACAGAAGCCUCCUGACAUCAACCCUUCUCUUUCCUGCUACAUAAUCUACAUUAUGCACUCUUCCAAGAAUUAUACACACCCAUCAAUCUCUGGUGUUUGCCUUUAAAAUAAACUUUUCCUUUGAAGCAAA